AUGGGGAACGUGGAGGCAGUGGCCGCGAUCUCGCCGGACCUCGGCGACGCGCUGGCCAAGGUGGCCGUGUUCACGCUCGUGCAGGGGCUGGUCUACCUCAUCCUGCGCAAGUCGUCGGACCUCUUCUCCACGGCCAGCGGCGCCGCUUCCGCGGCGAGGUCCCGGAGCUUCCGGCCGAUGCGGAGCAUGAGCGUCCGCCGCGUCCUGGCCGCGUUCUCCGACGUCCCCUUCGGCGCCCACGACGACGGUGGAUCGUCCACGUUCACGUCGUCGUCGCCGGCGGCGGCGGUGCAGAUUGGUGCUACUGACCGUGCAGACUAG